GCCAGGACGAGCACUAGGCUGACUCCAGCAAGAGCGAGCUCUGCAGCCAGGCACUGCAAGAGCAGUUGGGAAGGAAAAAUAGGAAACAUCUGGUUUUGCUGUCCGUGUGCCUGCUGACUGGGUUUCAAGAGCCACAAGAACCUGUGACCAGAAAACACCUUGAGAAUGACAAGGAAGAUCUUCACCAACACCAGGGAGCGAUGGAGGCAGCAAAAUGUCAACAGCGCCUUUGCCAAGCUGAGGAAACUCAUCCCCACCCACCCGCCAGACAAAAAACUGAGCAAGAAUGAGACACUCCGGUUAGCUAUGAGAUACAUCAACUUCCUCGUCAAGGUCCUGGGGGAGCCAGGCCUGCAGCAGACGGCAGUGGUGGCACGGGGCAGCAUCCUGGGGUUCUUCCAGCAAGCCCCAUGCUUGCAAAGCAUGGAGGAGCUGACACUGAUUGAAAACUGUGGUGUGUCCUCUCCUGGCAUGAGCAGCAAUAUAGUAGAGUGUUGGUCAGAGACAUCAUCUCCCUAGCAGACAAUGAGACAUGCAGUCUUGUUGUUAGUCUGAUAGUCCCUCUCUUUUUGCAAAAUCUGUGGGUUGCUUCUCUAUGUAUUGUGAUUAUUUACUUAUAUUUAUUACAGGUUUAUUUGGUAUGCAUUUUUAUUUAAUAGGAAAGGAAAUCCUUGGUCAGCCAACAACCUGGAAGACCAGACAGAGAACUUGCAGCCCCUGGGAACUGGGAAUGACUCACUGCUGUCACAGCAGAGUCCAAGCCAGAAGGGCCUUCUGCCCUGAUCUCCUCCAUAAAUCACGCCAUAGAAAUUCAUCCAGUGUUUCUGGUAGCGAAAGAGAUUGUUCUGCCAUGCUAUUUCAAGGCAACACUACUGAGCUUAAGAAUGAUGACUGCACCACAAAUUUGUCCAAGACAGACAUCUGGCCUCAGUAGUGAAAGAUUUGGAGACAUGUGAUAUUUGCCACAGUCCUCCCCCAGUGGUUCCAGAGGCUAACUGCUCUCACUCUUGAGCUUGUGAAUCUUAUUUCCAGCUUGAUUCUUUUUUUUGAAAAUACAGGUCCUAGCCCUUGAACCUGGCUAUAUCUUUCUCCAUCAGACUGGAGGGAUCCCUAGUGUCAGAACAAAACGCAUUAAACAAACUUGAACAUUAGGUUAAAGCAAAAAUGCUCAUUUAAAAUAAAAGAAGACAUAGUCAUAGAUGAGUUUCAGUGUGUUCAAUAGGCAGAGCAAACCUCCUCCGUAGCGGUCACAGUGUGCAUGUGAAAGAAGCUGUUCAGCUACCCUCCAGCAGCCUUAAAAGUCCAUCAAACAGGUUGGUGGCUAAAUGCCUUUGCCCUUCAACUGCUGCAGUAAUGGGGAAGGACUUGUUUUGGGAGGGAGGUGCCAGGACAAAGGCCUCCAUGAUGCACUGUGAAAACCUUCAUGGAAGUGUCAGUGAGCAGUGCCCAUUCCUGUGCCAGGGUGCAGAAGCAGCUGGAGCAUGUCAGGGCCUGGCAGAAGGUGCUGGGCAUGCACCAUGGGUGCACCAUGGUGCCCCUUCAGCACAGCGCUGUGUAUCACGGGUCUUGGGCAUUGAGUUCCUGAACCAGCCCUGCUUUUGCUGCCAUGGGAGGCAGAACCGAGCUGCACACAUCCUUGCUGUCACCUGUAAGACCAUGGUGCUGUGAUGUUAGGCUGUGUGAAGUUGGAUUGAUGUCUGCCCCAAGUGGGGUACCAAGACCAUCGUCAAGACUAGGGGCAUGCUGCCUGUGUACCCAGCUGACUGCCUUUAAACUCCCCGCUUUCAAGUGCUGUAGUUGAGGUUCCUCCAUCUGGACACUGUUCCAAAUGGGCUGAUGGAGCAAGGACAAAGUAAUUGGUGUAAAUGUCUUCCCAUUUGAUUCAGUGGGUCAGUUCCCUGUAGGGAAUGCCAACCACCAUGCUGUAGGUGUUUAGAUCAUAAGCAGGAUGAAAAGAGUUUUCAUGAAGGUGGGUUGUUGCCCACAAAUCAAUUUAAUUUCCUGAUUGAGUUACAACCUGUGCCAGCAAAGGUCUGGACUGCUCAUGCAAGUUAUAAAGCUGCCUAGAGCAACAGAAAAAAUGACACCAGGUUUAAGUAGAACUGCUUCCUCAUCAGAUCCUGCUCCCACUGACACAGGUCCUUUUGACUUCCAUGUGGACCAAGGUACAUGUCAAUGCUUAGAAAAGACAACUAUUCACCACUGGUGAAGAAAUGGAGCUCCCAUGUGCCAAGGCAUGUCCCUGGGCUGUUUCUGUUUAUUCAUGAGACAAUGAGCUUCCCUCAGGAAGCAGAGAUAGAGUUUGUGCAUGUAACAUGUACAGGCCUUCUGCAUGAAGGAAUUUGGCACCCAAAGCUGAGCUGCCUUUUAAAGCCUCACCAACUACCAGGUGCAUCAAAGAAGCCAGGGCUGGCUCCUGCUGAGCAUGUACUGGGCUGUCCUGUGCAUUGACAAAGACCAAGGUCAGACAGGAGCACAUCUUACCCCAUCCAGGGCUGGUGCUGUAAGGUACAGGCAUGCCAGUGGACAGAGUUUGACGAAAAGG